UGUUGACAUGCGUGACGCGACAGUUGAGCGCAGAGCGACGGCCAAAAUCAAAUCUGAUAAUUUUUGAAUUUGUUUAUUUAUUUCUUAUCUGAUAGUUGUAUAGUUGUAUUUCAGUUUAUAUAGUCUUUGGCGAUGGCGCUGCUGCGCGGCCUGAGGCCGCUGGGACCGCCGAGGCGGUGGGCCCACAACGGUCCCAGCUACGAGACCCUGGAGGUGCAGAGACUGUGCGGGGCGGACGCCGGGGUGGUUGUCCUGGGACUGCGGCGGCCCGAGGCGCGCAACGCGCUCAGCCGGCGCCUCGUGGCGGAGCUCGGGGACGCCGUGGGGCGAGUGGGGCGCGACAGCGGGGCGCGGGUCGUGGUGCUGCGCAGCCUCGUGCCGGGGGUGUUCUGCGCGGGGGCGGACCUCAAGGAGCGGCUGGGGAUGUCCGAGGAGGAGACCAGGCAGUUCGUGCCGACCUUGAGGCGCCUGGCGGGCAGCAUCGAGGGGCUGGCGCCGCCGGUGAUCGCCGCGAUGGACGGCGCGGCGCUGGGUGGGGGGCUGGAGUUCGCGCUGGCCUGCGACCUGCGCGUGUGCUCGGCCGACGCGCGGCUGGGACUGGUGGAGACGCGGCUGGGGAUAUUCCCCGGGGCCGGGGGCACCCAGCGCCUGCCCCGCCUCGUGGGCCCGGCGCUGGCCAAGGAGCUCAUCUUCACCGCCAGGGUGUUUGACGGGCGGGAGGCGUGGCGCAUGGGCCUGGUGAACCACGCGGUGGAGCAGAGCGCGGGCGGUGACGCGGCGUACGAGCGAGCGCUGGAGCUGGCGCGCGAGAUCCUGCCCAACGGGCCGGCAGGCGUGCGGCUGGCCAAGUUCGCCGUCGACAAGGGCCUGGGGGCGGACCCCGGCACGGGCGGCGCCCUGGAGGAGGCGUGCUACGCGCAGCUGCUGAACACCAGGGACCGCCUCGAGGGACUGAGGGCCUUCCGCGAGAAGAGGGCGCCCGUGUACACCGGCGAGUGACACGGCUCCCUCGCGAGAAGAACAUACCGUCGCCUGGUGAACAAUACCGCCUGACCUUUUUUU